AUGAUAAGCAGCAUUUACCGUCCGGGGGAAAAAAUAGAAAACGAAUUUGUGAAGGAAAAAAUUCGAUCAAAAAUCAACGAAAUGUUGAAAUGGAAAAGAAAUGGCUUUCCAGGUAGUAAUCCAGUAUCUCUAACAAAGCAUAAUAUAAAAAAUUUAUUUAAUAAGGAAUAUUUAAUAUGUGAAAAGACAGAUGGUGUUCGUUAUUUUUUAUUCAUAGCUUCAAAUACAACAUUUUUAAUUGAUAGAAAUUAUGAAAUUUUUAAAAAUGAUAUGCACAUACCAACCAUCGAAGAUUUAAAAAUAAAGCAACAACUCACUUUAUUAGAUGGGGAACUUGUUGAAGAUACAAUAUUUAAUAUAAAAAAAGGAAUUGAACAAAAGAAAGUAGUGUAUUUAAUUUAUGAUGCACUAUUUAUACAAAGGAAAGAUAUAACAAAUCUUUCCUAUUUAGAAAGAUUAACGAAUGCAUAUAAUUAUGUUAUAACUCCUUUGAAAUUAUAUAAAAAAAAAGUUCAGUCAAAUAUUGUUACAUCGGAGGAUCCAGUUGAAUCGUUAAACGACUCUCUAAACGUUAACAAAAGAAAAUGUAUUUCAUAUACUAUCAAAAUGAAUGAUAAAGGAGAAAGUACUUUAGACAUAAAUAAUUCUAUACACAUUUCUACACGGCACACUAAAAGUAGUACUCAAAUUCAUAGGGAAAGUGUUCAUGAUGAUGAUGAUGAUAGUGAUAACGGUAGUGGAGGUGAACACAGUAAUAUACUUUGCAUUAGUGAUGAUCAAAUACAUACACGUUGCGAUGGUGGUACUAGCGGCAGUGGUGCAAAUGGUAUGGGUUCAUUGGAGGAGUCUUCUGAACAAGACACGGAGUCUACAUUGGACGAGUGGGACUGCCCUUUUGAAAUUUACUUAAAAGAUUUUUAUUCAAUUACUCAAAUUUGCGAUUUAAUACAAAUUGCAAAAAAAUUACCGCAUACAUCAGAUGGUAUUAUAUUUACCCCUUUACACUCGCCCUACAUAACUGGAAAUUUUUAUCAACUACUCAAGUGGAAACCACUAAAUUUGAAUACUGUUGAUUUUGGAAUAGAAACAGUAUAUGAUGAAAAUAAAUUACCUAAUAAAUUUGAAUUGUUUAUAGCUAUUAAUGGUGUUAGAACAUCUUACAAAUGUUAUCUAGCAGCAUAUGGGGAUGUAUAUAAAGAACUAUUAGAAUUAGCUAUGAAUAAUAAAAUUUCCCAUUAUAUUAUUGAAUGCUAUUAUGUUUCAAAAAAUAUUUACUCCAUAUGUAAAAAUGAUAACUCUAGUGAAGAAAGAAUUGAAGGAGGAUGGAUAGCUCAAAAAAUUCGAUUCGAUAAGAGUAUUCCGAACGAUAUAAAAACAUUAAAUAAGGUCAUCCAGAGUAUUCUUGACAACAUAACUAUAGAUUCGCUAAUUAAGGAAAUAGUGAGGAAUAGGAGAGCUAAAUGA